UCUUAAGCGGCUGCACCCUGAGCUCUCCGCUAUCAGAGAGGGACACGAUUCUGAGGCUGCACGCACACCUCACAUUCAAAGCAAAACAUGAAACAAUCAUGGCUUCCCCCUCAAAAAUAAAGGGGGGGGAGCCAUUGUUUGUUAUUACAGACCCUCCAAGUGUCCCUGUUUUCCAGGGACAGUUGUGGAUUUUCAGAAGCCGUUCUGGUUUCUGAUUUGAUCUCAGAAUGUGCUGCUUUUCCUUCAGGCAUCCCUAUUUUUUAUCAGAUUAAUGUUGGAGGGUAUGUGUUAAGGUUGCUGAAAGUUGCUCAGAGACCUCUCUCUUCCUCCCACAGAACUACAAGUUCCCCGUGAAAAGAUAUUGAUUGUUAUACCUCUUUGGGAACUGUAGUUCUGUGAGGCGUUUCCCAACAUCUCUCUGCACCCUUGACAAAGGACUGCUGCCAUAAUUGUCAUAUUAAAAGAGUUUCAAAUGCUUGUAAAACUGUUGGUUCUGAUGACACAAGAUUAGGCUGUGGUGACGGUGUCCCCUCAGAUCUUGUUUUGCUUUCGUGUGUAUUCAUUUUUAUUUUUUGUUAUGGAUAGGGGCCUCAAAAGCUGGAAGGGGCCUGAGUCUCUCUGGAUCUCUCGAGAGAGCCUGCUCCCAGAUGCAGUCAUGACUGAAAUGAUGAGGGGCUGUGAGGGUCCUGACACCCAGGGCGAAACGUGUGCUGCGUGCCAGAUGUCUACAGGAGGUCUGGAUCCUGCCAUGAGUGGUGAGCCUGGUCUGAACACUGAUCAGGAGAUGCAGUGGAUCUCAGCCAGGGAGGACAGUUCCCACCGAGCGCCUUGUUUGAACACCCAGCUCUUCCUAAGCCCGCCCCAGGGCCUGGGGGCAGAUCCCUUCCGCGGCUCCCCCUUGGAGUCAUGCGGCGACCUCCCUGGCGAGACCUACGAGGAGAUGUCCAGGGACCCCCUUGAGCUGCCCUGCGAGGAGAUGUGCGUCCGGGCAGCCCCUUGCGGGGGCCAGUGCCCGGAAACGACAUGUGCGGAACUGUGUGAGAGCGUCUUCAAGGGGCCAGCCUCCAGGAGGCUGUAUGAAGAGGAGCGUUAUGUGGAGACGUGGUCAGAGAAGGCUCGCCUGCCCUCCAUUGUGGUGGAACCCAUUGAAGUGGGCGAUGUGGAAAGCGGGGAGCUGCGGUGGCCCCCCGACUUCACGUUGCUGGAGGAGGCUGAGCAAGACGAGCUCUUUGCUGAUGGCGAGGAGGACUUGGGGGCAGGACUGUCGUCUUUCGACAGCGACGUGGAGGAGGUGCUUCUGUAACAUUCUGCCCAAUGUUUCCCUGGGACGGAUGGACAGAAACGGCACCUUCCCAACGCCGCCCACGUCUAAUCACGACUUGGCAACGUCUUGGAAAGGGACUCUGGGGCAUCGCCUUGGAAAGAAGCAAACGUAGCAUCCUGCUGUUUUGUUUCGAGGUGUCUCUCGGAGGGGUAGCAGAUGUCAGGAGCUCGUCCUACACUCGAGUAGGACCCUGGCAGAGACACAUGCUCGACUGGCAUGUUCUCUCCCUCCUGGUCGAUCGUUCAGGAGCUUCAAAAGCUUUCUUCAGCCCGAACAUCACAGCGACCGAUGCCAACAGACACCGGCACAUUUAGAUAUCCACAGAGUUUGCGCAUCAUGCGCGUGACAGACCUCAGCAACUCAGCAUUUUGGCUGAUCUACUUUAUUUACAUAUAAACACAUGUGGAGCACUGCAACAUGGCUCCCCCCCCCUCUCUCUCGCAUCAGACAGCAAAGAGAAAAAGGACAAUAGUCCCACUUCACGGAACACAGUAACACAGACAUCCUGUCUCCGUCACUUCCCACUUUCCCAGGCAAAGGGGCCUGAAGACAAACAUGGCAAUGAUGACUUCAGCGUCAUUCUAUCAACCAGGAUGAGUGUCUAUCAGCGGAGGAUUAGGCCUGAAGCUCCUU